AGGGAGAGAGGAAGGAAGAGAGAGAGAGAGAGAAAGAGCGAAAGAGAGAGAGAGAGAGCAUGCGUGGUGACCCCUCGGUCAUACUACUGACGCAGUUAGUCGUUUUCGCGGUAUGUUAUAGUGAGCACGAGUUGCGUUCUUAGUCUCACAAGGGCCCGGGCGCCGCCGCAAGCACUCUCCGUCCUGCGCUCUCUUCCUGCUUUCCCGCGUGUGUGAUCAAGCUGCAGUCCUCAGAAUGGGGAUGUACAUAGCGGUAACGUUCGCCUUACACGCGUUAUUUACAGUGGGCGUGCGGGGCCACGGGCGGCUGAUGGACCCGCCCGCGAGGAACGCCAUGUGGAGGCUCGGCUACCCGAACCCCGUUAACUACAACGACAACGAACUCUAUUGCGGAGGAUUCGUAGUUCAGUACCAGAAGAACGGAGGCAAGUGCGGCGUCUGCGGCGACAACUGGGCUGACAAGGUGCCCCGAGACCACGAGGCGGGCGGGCUCUUCGGAAACGGCAUCGUCGGCAGGAGAUAUGUUGCAGGACAGGUGAUCGAAAUCGAGGCCGAGCUGACGACCAACCACAAGGGUUACAUGGAGCUCAAACUCUGCCCGCACAAUGACCCCAAGGCCAUCAUCACCCAAGAAUGCCUGGAUGAGUACCCUCUCAUGAUCGAAGGCACACAGGAGUCCAGGUGGGUCAUCCCUGCAGACAGCAAGAAGACCGAGAUCUUCAAGUGGAAGGUCCAGCUCCCAGAGGGCAUCACCUGCACCAACUGCGUCGUACAGUGGAAGUAUUUCGCUGGAAACACGUGGGGCACCAACGCCCAGGGCGAGACGGGCCAGGGCAAGGGGCCGCAGGAAACAUUCGUGAACUGCGCUGACGUCGUCAUCAACACGCAGACGGGCGGUUUUGCAGGAUACCCGCCAGGAAGCAACCAGAUUGACAACCCUUGGGCGCUUUACUACCGGGAUGAAUUCCCCGGAAUACCCAAGAAUGCCAACACCUCCAAGAGGCCCGGCCAGCUCAUUCCCCUUGUUGUCAGGUCCCAGCGAUGUGUGCCAAUCAACGAGUACGAGCGGGUACAGGGCAUGAACGGAUGGUGCCGGGAGAACUGCCUCAAAUACCCGCCCAACUGCCACCCUCAAGUCUGCAAGUGCUUAAUCCAGUGCGAAGCCAUCGGUGAUUUCGCCAAGGAGAAAGACUCCGACAUUUUCUGCCACCAAAACUGCCUUAAACUGGACGCCUUUUGCCCUAAGGAUAAAUGCAGAUGCCAAUAGGAUGUCAGGUUCCCGCCUUUUUAACCAGCGUUUCUUGAGGAAGGAAAGCCAACAUGGCGGACGAGAUUCUCAUUCCAGCUGCAGAACAAGAUAAAUGUUCUGCUUUCUAUUGUGGGCGAGGUUGCAGGUCAUUCGUGUGACCUUAAAUGAAAUCUUAUUUUUCGACUGUUAAAUGAUCUAUUUUCAUAUUAUAUACUGUAUUAUUGUAGUUGUUGUUACUGUUGUUGUUACUAGUAUUAUUAUUAUUAUAAUGAAUCUCAUUGCUGUCAGUGUCAGUCAUUAUUAUCAUUAUUGUUAUUAUGAUCAUUAUCAUUGUUAUUACUGUUAUUAUGAUUGUUGUUAUUAUUAUUAUUAUUAUUAUUAACUGUAUUAUUAGUAGUAUUAGUAUUAUAAUUAUUAUUAUUAUUGUUAUUAUUAUUAUGAUGAUGAUGAUGAAGAUGAUGAUGAUGAAAUAUUAUUGCCAUUAUUAUUAUUAUUAUUAUUAUUAUUAUUAUAAUUAUCAUUAUUAUUAUUAUCGUUAUUAUUAUUAUUAUCAUUAUCAUUUUUAUUACGAUUAUCAUUACUUUGGUUAUCACUAUUACUGUUAUUAUUGUUGUUAUUGUUGUUAUUAUUUUCAUUGUUAUUAUGAUUUUGCCAUUGUUGGUAUUGCUAUUGGUAAUAUCAUUAUUGUCAGUAUUACCAUAAUGUUUAUCAUUAUUGUUUUUUUUUUCUUGCUGUUAUUAUUAUCACUAUUACUUAACAAGCGUCAUUGUUGUAAACUUAGCUUUUUGAAAAUUUACAAUGGCGUUUUUUUUUUGUUUAUUGUUUUAAUAAUAUUCUUAGUACGUUAGGUCAGUAUGGUACUUGUUACUACGAACGAAUCAGGGUUCAGUAUCAAUAGUAUUAGACGAAUGCAUUCCAGAAAAAAAAACAUAGCCACGAGAAUGCAUUGGCAACCUCGUUCCUAUAAAAUAGCUGUAUAACGUAUAGCAAAAGGCUCUACCAUGUUGCUACACCAUUAGCGCAUAGCAGCAGCAGGCAAGGGCAAAAAAAAAGAAAAGAAAAGUUACUUUAAGUGAAUUUAUUAAGAUUUCAUGUUUUAUGGAAAAGUGUUUUAAGCAGAAGUAUUUUGAUUUUUGAGAAAAAAAA